AUGGACUUAUCAGCAAUAGAAUUUGGAGCUACCAUGAAAAAAGAAGGUUUUCAUUUUGAGGAUGGAUUUACCUAUAUAAACCAUGGUUCCUAUGGCGCGGUCCCUUUGCAAAUACGUGAAAAACAAAAACAGUUAUUGGACGAGUUGAAUGACAAUCCAGACUUAUUCUUCAGACAAAAGGAGUAUGAGCUAUACAUCAGGGCUAGAGAUGCAGCAGCAAAAUUUGUAGGCGCGGAUCCAGAAAAUUUAGUUUUUGUACAAAAUACCACAACAGGUGUAAACACUGUACUGAAGUCGUUGUCAUGGCAGCCAGGUGAUGAGAUCUUAGCGACUGUGUCCACCUAUAAGGCUGUAGCCAACGCCUGUCGACAAGCAGCGGAAGUUUUAGCGGGACAAUUUCGUCAAUUUGAUAUCAGGUUUCCAAUCAGAGAUGAAAGUGAAGUGGUAGAAAGUAUGACAAACCAUCUGGAUAAAUACCCAAAGAUACGACUGGUCGUUAUAGACCACAUCUCAAGCACUACAGCACUUGUAUUCCCUUUGAAGAAAAUGAUAGCAGAAUGUAGAAAAAGAGGCGUACUCGUUUUAGUUGAUGGUGCGCACGCCCCAGGGCAUGUAGAAGUAAAUCUGGAAGAUUUACAGGCCGAUUUCUACACGGGGAGCUUCCACAAAUGGUUAUAUGCACCCCGCGGGUGUGCGAUACUCUGGAUCUCCAAAAAACACCAGGAUUGGUGCAUUCCUCUGGUGACCUCAAACAAUUAUAAAAAGGGUGUUCAGCUGGAAUACUUCAUACAGGGAUUACGCGACAAUAUACCAUAUCUGAUCGUACCAGAUUUAUUAGAAUUUUACAAAGAGAUCGGAGGAAUGGAAAGAAUCCACAAAUACACCGGGCCUCUUCUGGAGAAGGCGAGCUCGAUGGUCGCAGAGCGACUGGGGACUAUGACACCGGACAUACCGAAAUCAAUGAUGGCGCCCAACAUGAGACUGGUCCUAUUACCGGUGUAUAAAGGAUAUACCGAGAUAACACAUGAACUGGGGGAUGAAUUGCUGUUUCACAUAAUGACCAAGUACAAACUUCACUGUGCAGUAUGCCAAGCACAGGGUCAGCUGUAUCUCCGACUAUCUGCCAACAUUUACAAUGAACUCUCGGAUUAUGAAAAAGCUGCUGAUAUUCUGUGUAAUCUACCCCGAGAUUGAAUAAUGUUUAAAUGGAGAAACAAAAAAUGCACACUUGUACAUUGAAAUAAAGAUUAUAUAGAGCAAUAACCGAAAUUCAUGAAAAAUUUGUUUUGCUUUUAAAUACUAAACAAGAACUUCAAUAAAAUUUAGUUAUCAACAGAGAUCUUAUAAAUUAGACCAUGACACUAAUACACAAUAUAAUACAUGUACAACUUCUGAAUCCAGCCUUUCCUAAAUGCUAGUGAUGCAAUACUA